AUGCCUGCCAUCGCAUUCAGGCAUCAACAACAACACGAAGUAAACUCAGAUCUUUUAUACGAUGAUUCGCGAUGCGGUGUUGACCCCGGCGUGAUGAUGAGGCUCGAAGCGUCUGAGAAGCAGCAUCGCUACCACAACCUAUUAGAUGAUGAUCAUGCUAGGAAGAGUGAUUGCUUUUCCGCGCAUGAUGACACAAAUAAUAUUAUAAACUCUGUACCAGAAUGGAAGAUAAGCGCUAGUUGA